AUGGGUCUGUUCUCCAAGAAGAAGGAUAAGGGCGGAAAGGAAAGCCCAGCCGCCCAGAACCCGUAUGCCGCGCCUGUAGGCAAGGACCCAUACGCACAACCGCCCCCCUCGUACUCGAACGACGGCCAGGACAACUCUUUCCGCCAAGAGAAGACGCCAGCUGUCACCGGCCCGGGCCAGAACUACGGACAGCGACCAGGCGGAUACGGUGCGCAAGGAGGCAGCUACGGCGCACAGUCCGGCUAUGGAGCCGAUCGCUAUGGCGGAGGCGCACCGCAGAGGCCCGGCGGCUACGGAGGCCUGGGAAGGACUGCGUCCAACGACACCAUGAGCACCGAGGCAGGCCGCAACGAGCUGUUCGGCAAUGCUCCCCAACGCCAGCAAGCGCAACCGCCUCAGCAGCCCAGCGCCCUGGGUCAAAGCGGUGCCUAUGGAAGCACGCCCGGUGGCGGAUAUGGAGCUGGUGCUCCCGGUGGCUAUGGCUCUGCGCCUGGUGGCUACGGAGCAUACGAGGACCGCCAAUUGACGGCUGAAGAACAAGAAGAGGAAGACAUCGACGCCACAAAGCAGGAGAUCAAGUUCAUGAAGCAGCAAGAUGUUGCGAGCACCAGAAACGCUCUCCGUCUCGCUGAGCAGGCCUUGGAAACUGGUCGAGGAACUCUAGGGACACUAGCAGCACAGGGAGAGCGUAUCCAUAACACGGAACGCAAUCUCGACCUUGCCUCUAUCCAGAGCGACAGAGCAAAUGGACAGACCAAGGAAUUGGCCCGCAUCAACGCAAGCAUGUUCUCCAUCGUCCCCAACCCCUUCACAGGCAACUCGAAGCGCGAGAAGCAAAUGCAACAAGCCAUGGACCAGCACGCGCGCGACCGUGAUACCCGAGAGCAAACCAACCGGGCCAAGUGGGAGUCUGGAGCCCGCGCAAACGAAGCCCAGCGUAAGCUAGCCACAGGCGGUGGUCCACAAGGCAACAACAAGAGCUCGCUGGCUGCACGUUCGAAGUUCCAGUUCGAGGCUGACGAGGAGGAUGACGAGAUGGAGAACGAGAUCGAUAACAACUUGGACCAACUUCAUGGCAUGGCCAAGAACCUCAACCAACUCGGUCGCGCGAUGGGCGAAGAGGUCGAUAACCAGAACACGCACAUUACACGCAUCACUGGCAAGACAGAUUCGGUCGAUGACAAGAUUGCCAGGAACAGGCUCAAGUUGGAUCGCAUCCACUAG